AACGCGGAAGGGCGGCUUACCCCUGUCGAUCUCGUAUGCUUACUUUGACACCGGCUCGGCAACUAUGUAAGGCCCGCAAGUUUGGACGUCCCAAAUUCUAAACUCCCCGAACUACAUUUUCCCCGGGAACACUAAGAGCGGAUUGGGAAAUUGGAACCCGAGCACUGCCUCAACACCAACCUCUGAUGUUGUUAAUCAUACAGGGCGUUGCAUCAGAAACACCAUGUAUAGCUCAGCCAGUGCGUAACAGUAGAGCCCGAUAUCAAAACAUGGCUGGCUUUUUAUAACGUGAAUGGCGGAUCUUUCAGUUGCACGAGGAAGUCCAAAAUCAGCUGAAAGAAAUUGCACACACAUCUUACCUACAUAUCCAGCAGAGAAGGACAAGCGCAACAAUGGACGGACCGCCUUCCAAAUAUCCUUAUGAUCCUUCUCUCGCGGCAGCAGUCACCUUUGCCGUGUUGUUCGGCAUCAGUGGUGUAAUACACUCCUUCCAGCUGAAGCGGGCGAAGACUUGGUAUUGGAUCGCCUUCUUCAUAGGUGUCAACUUCGAAAGCAUCGGAUAUGGAGCCCGAGCCAUGAACGCAUCCGAGACACCAAAUUGGUCACAAGUCCCGUUUAUUAUUCAGACUCUUCUACCGUUGCUUGCCCCGGCACUGUACGCGGCCUCGAUCUAUAUGCUUCUGGGCCGUACUAUCGACUCAUUGGAAGCGGGCCAUCUAUCAAUUAUUCCCGUUAGAUGGCUGACGAAGAUCUUCGUCUUCGGAGACGUGUUCUCGUUCGCCUUCCAGUGCAUUGGUGGAGGUAUUCUCUCCGGCGCAAGUGACAAAGACGGCCUCGACCGCGGCCAAAACGUCAUCCUCGUCGGUCUCGGCAUCCAAAUCCUCUUCUUCGCAGCCUUCAUCGUCACCAUCUCCGUCUUCCACUCCCGAAUCAUCAACUACCCGACGACAAUGAGCAUGAAUGGGCGACGACCGUGGAGGCAGUUCAUCAUGGUUCUCUACGCCACCUCGUUCCUCAUCUUGGUGCGGUCGAUUUUCCGGGUGGCCGAGUUUGCUGAGGGGCGAGACGGCGUGCUUCAGACUACAGAGGUGUAUCUGUACUGUCUUGACACAUCGCUCAUGUUCCUCUGCGCUGCAGCUUUUAAUGUUUGGUUUCCGGGGCGUAUCGUUUCGCCUAUCACUUUUAAGGAUGAGGAGAGGUUUCCUCUCGGGGCUGUAUCGAAUCAGGAUGAUGAUGGGGUGUUUAGAAUUCGGAGGUAGACUACAGUCUAAAGCCUGGAGCUUUUGAAAAUGGUGGAUGUCAUCGAUGGUAUCUAAAGCCUCCAAUGCUCAGCCAAGUCCAUGAUUUGGAAAGAGCUUGAGAAAAUCUGCCG